AUGGCUGGUAAGGACCACUACCCACACAUCUCGGCGAAGCUCAGAGAGGUGUUGAAGCCGCAUUUGCCCGCCUCUUCGCCAGAGGCGGACCCGUCGACGCUCUCCAACUACGAGAAGUUCAGCGUGCUGCACACGGUGCUGAGCCUGGACGUGCUGUUCAAGGACAAGAAGCUGGCGGGAUCCAUCUCGCUGAGCCUCAAGUGUCUCCAGCAGACGUCGUCCAUCGUCCUCGACACCUCGUACUUGUCCAUCCACGGCAUCAGCAUCGACGACAAGUCCGUCAAGGACUACAAGCUCAAGGACAGAAUGGAGCCGCUGGGCUCCGCCUUGGAGAUCCGACACAGCCUGGCUGCAGACGACGAAGUCACCCUCAAAAUCGACUACGAAACAACCGACAGAUGCACCGCCCUACAGUGGUUGGACCCGCAGCAGACCAACGGCAAGAAGCUGCCUUACUUGUUCUCCCAGUGUGAGCCAAUACAUUCCAGAUCGUUCUUCCCCUGCUUCGACACCCCGUCCAUCAAAUCCACCUUCUCCUACUUCUUGACCUCUCCGUUCAACACCCUCACCUCCGGUUUGCUCAAGGACAAGAAAGACUCCGCCAACAAUGUUGUCUACCACUUCGAACAGCCAGUCCCAAUACCUUCCUACUUGGUGUCGAUCGCCUCCGGCGACAUCACGGGCGCAGCGAUAGGCCCCAGGUCUACCGUUUACUCCGAGCCUUCCUUCAUCGACAACUGUCAGUACGAAUUCGAACACGACACGGAGAACUUCAUCAAGACUGCAGAAAGCAUCGUCUUCCCGUACGAGUGGAAGGACUACGACGUUCUCAUCCUACCUUCCUCGAUGCCUUUCGGUGGAAUGGAACACCCUAACUGCACCUUUGCUACCCCAACUUUGAUUUCCGGUGAUCGUGAAAACAUAGAUGUUAUUGCCCACGAAUUGGCCCACAGUUGGUCCGGGAACCUAGUCACCAACUGUUCCUUCGAACAUUUCUGGUUGAACGAAGGCUGGACAGUCUAUUUAGAAAGAAGAAUCCAGGGUGCCAUCCACGGCGAGGAUUUCAGACAUUUUAGCGCAAUCAUCGGCUGGAAUGACUUGACCAACUCCAUCAUCUCAAUGGGAAACUCAGCAAAAAGAUUCAGCACUUUAAUCCAAGACUUGAAAGACAGAACAGACCCUGACGAUAGUUUUUCUACAGUGCCUUAUGAAAAAGGUUUCAGCUUGUUGUUCCAUAUCGAACAGACCCUAGGCGGCAAGGAGGCGUUCGAUCCUUUCAUUAAGCACUACUUCAAUGAGUACAAAUACAAAUCUCUAGAUUCAUACCAAUUCCUCGAUUCCCUUUAUAGUUUCUAUUCGGACAAAUCUGAUCUCUUAGAUACCAUAGAUUGGCAAACAUGGCUAUACGAGCCAGGUUUGCCACCAAAGCCUAGCUUCAAUACCAAGCUAGUAGACGAAUGUUACACUUUGGCUGCUAAAUGGGUCGAUAUUAUAGAAACAGCUCCGGAGAAACUGUCUUCCAAAUUCAAAUCCACAGAUAUCGCAAAAUUUAGUGCUAAUCAAAGUGGUGUAUUCCUGGAUAAGCUUUGCUCUUAUGAGGGCCAGAAUGGUUUCACUUGGAAAAAUGAGAAUGGAAAGAAGGCCAUCGACUUGAUGACCAACAUUUACAGCAAAUAUUCCGUAUCACAGAAUGCCGAAGUCAUCUUCAGAUGGUUCAGAUUACUUCUUACAGCAAACAUAACUUCGUCUUACCAAGACCUUGCAAAUUGGUUAGGAACCGUUGGUAGAAUGAAAUUCGUCAGACCUUCCUAUACUAUGCUCAAUAAAGUCGACCGUCCUUUGGCUCUAGCAACUUUCGAAAAGUAUGAAAUGAUUUAUCAUCCGAUCUGCAGAUCUAUGGUGAAGAAAGACUUGGGACUUAAUUGA